AUGUCAUCCUUUGGUGAGCUUACUCAAUUUAACAACAAUAGUGGACGUGGAUGUGGGCUGUUGACGUCGGAAAUUUGGAGUAAUGCCAUAAAUACUUUACUCACGGCACUCGAGAACAUUUUUUUGGACGAAAAUGGUAUGCCUUUGAGGCCGCGAGAUUCAGACGCAAGUAUGGAUUCUGUGCUACGCUCAAGAAGACUUUCCAUGUCCAAUCAGAUGGCAGAAGAAGUGCCUUAUAUUGCUUUGACACCCUUAAAAAGGAAACAGUCAGUGGAAGAGGAUGAACGUAUAGUGAAAUCCCAAAGAUGCUCACUUGAUUUAUCAUCACAACUUGCCAGAGUUCUUAGAAUAAAUAAUAAUUCUUGUGAAGUUGCUGAUGAUGAAUUAUCAAAGGCUGACAUUCCAAUGUCUAGUUCUUCAUCUUCCAUUGCCCAUCGUCCUGUCAAAUCGUGCCCUCGUCUUAUUCACAAGCAUCUUCGAUCAUCAAAUGUUUCCAACGAAACAAUUGAUGUGGAAAUGAUUGACAUUGUGACUGUUGAUGAUCAAGAGCAAGUGACAGAAGAGCCAGCAAAUAUUCCCGAACGUAUCAAAAUGUAUCAUAAAAUUGUAUCUUAUGUAAAUGAGGAACUUUGGGCUUCUUCAUUAUCUUUUAAUAUGUCGAAUUGGUUUGAGAUUCAAGCAAGAAAACGUGAAAUGACAAUGGAACAAUUUAAUAGAGAAUUUCAUGAGCGAAUUCUUGAAUUAAAAUCAACACUCUCACUUUUACAACAAAGGAUUCCACACGAUUAUCACGAGAUUCUUGCUACAAUUGAUAGAUUCUUAAUAAAUGCAGAUUGGCUGAGAAAUGACUACUCUAUUCCUUUCACGCAAAUAUUUCCGAAAUGGCAUGGAAUGGCUCGAAGUGUGGAGGACGUCGUUCAAUAUGUCGAAAUUGUAGAAGAUAUGAAAGCUUCCGCAAAAUUAGAAUUUCCUCAAACUGGAGACCUUAAAUCAGAUCUGGAAAAAGCCCAAGAGAUAAUGCAUACGAAAAAAUAUUUAUAUGGCGAAAUAUUACUAGAAUCUGGAUUAAGAUGGCGAGUGAGAGGAUAUCCUGUUCAGGAUUCUUUAAUUGAUCGUACAAAACGAUGGUUAUUAGAUUGGAAUAGCCGAUUUUUGUCAAUUAUCAAUAUUAAUUUGAACAAGUACCAUGAUAAUGCAGUUGAUGAUCCACGGCUUGUUCAGUUGAUGGCAAAUAUAAUGCUUUUCUUAAAAAUUACAAAACAAACUGUAGAGUUGACGGGAAUGCCUAAUGAUAAACUCAGUUUAUCUAGUAUUUAUUUAGCAACUCAUUAUGUUUAUUGGGCCCUUUCACAGAUUGACAAAUUGGAACACAAAGUCGUGCGAAGCUUCGAGGUGAAGAUUAUGCACAUAUGCGAGAAUAUCAACUUGAUUCUUCAUUAUUUACGUAUUAUACAAAGUACCGAUAUGGAUAGACCAAUCCCACAUAAUCAUAUAAAAGUUAUUGAAGAUUUUAUCGCUGUAAUGGUAGAGGCAGGUUUGAGGCUUUGCGAACAUGUAAUUAAACCAAAUAAUAACCUCACUAUUGGCGCCGAAAACUUUGGAUAUAUUUAUUCGGAAUUUGUAAUGAAAUUCGUUAACAAGUUGAUUGAAUAUGCUGGAUAUGAACAAAAAGCGGAAGCAAGAAUGCGUGUUCUGAUUAAUUCUCUUCGAAAUAUGGAAUCUUCACUAUCAUCUAUUUGA